ACCUACCGCCAACCAGUUUGGUGACCACAUGCUGAUCACAGGCGGUUGCAGUAGCUACUUUGAAGUGCGAUUUAAUUUCGAGAUGCAACUUCCAGAAUAUCGCUGUCCAUUGGAACCAGCAACGGCAGGCGUGUGGAUGUAUGACCCUGCAUCUGUACGAUGGUUGCGGUUGAUCAGUCAACCAGCUUAUCGCGACACCAUACUCGGUCCGACGGUUAUUGUUUGGAACGACCUUCUCUUGUAUUUCGGUGGAAUUCCAACGAAUUCACUUUCAUCAGGCGACAUCUUGGAAGACUGGAGUGGUUUUUAUAUGUACAGACCGGCCUGCCCACCGGGCACGCAAAGUGCUGAUAUUAUGAAAUACGCGUGUUCUGAUUGCUCUGUGGGCUCUUACGCUGCCACGUCUAAUUCCAACUGCUCUCGAUGUCCACACGGUCUCACCACAUUAGAUAAAGCGUCUACAAGCAACGAAAUGUGCAGGCAGUGUGUGCCCGGAUAUUGUGGUCACGGUACAUGUACUGUUACGUUAGCCUCGCAAGCCAGGCUCAAUUCCGGCAAAAGCUCCUCGUCCUCGCGUCAUUCACGUGCGUUUAGUUCAGCGACUGCGCGGAAGAGCCUGGCUUGCGAGGCUACUGUUACGUUGCCAGGUCCGGAGCCCAACUGCUUGUGCCAAUUCGGAUUUACCAACGAUGAAGACGGACUGUGUACCGUUCCAACCUACUAUAUGGCUGGAUUGGGAUUUCUAGCAGGAGUCGUUCUUCUUGCACUCGUCGCCGUUAUGGUGGCCAAAUUUCGAAGAACAAGAAGAAAUCACGAUGACAUGAUCAGACACAAGGAGCAAGAGUUAAUAGAGCUCACUAACAGCUGGAACAUCGACUCUAAAGAGUUAGCACUGCGACAACGGAUCGAUCGAGACUCUCCCGGAGGAUACGGCGAGGUCUACCAAGCGGAGUAUAGAGAGAUGAUCGUGGCAGUCAAGAAGUUGCAAGGAAUCCAUCAACAUCUCGACAGAAUCGAGUUGGAGUUCGAGCGGGAGAUCGAGGUGAUGAGAACCAUUAGACAUCCGAACAUCGUUCUGUUUCUUGGAGGCGGUCGCUACCAUGAUGACGGUUGCCCAUUUCUCGUUGUGGAGUAUAUGGCUAGAGGGUCGUUGGCGGCGAUUCUAAAAAACGAAGACAUCGAGUUGGAAGAUAGUCUGAAACUAAGGUUUACUCUAGAGGCAGCCAAAGGACUGAGAUUUCUUCACGGUCAACGUCCUCCUCGUGUGCACCGUGACCUUAAGAGUGGUAAUCUGUUGGUCAGCCAGCGAUGGGUAGUCAAGGUGGCCGAUUUUGGAGCAGCUCGAUUGGUACGAGAAGAAGGCAAGAAUCAAGAGUCUGUUAGAGGAGAGGGACGACUCGAUCCCGAAGCUCCACUACUCCAUGCAGACUAUCAGCUAUCGUUGUGUGUGGGAACGCCACAUUGGUGUGCACCAGAGAUACUGUGUGCAGACAACUACGGAACACCUGCGGAUGUCUACAGUUUUGGUAUCGUGAUGUGGGAAAUUUGGUCAAGAAAAGUUCCAUAUGAAGAUUGUCAUUUCCGUUCUGUUAUCGACUUGAAGUCAGCCGUUUUGAGGGGAGUAAGGCCUACCAUAUCUGAUGAUACACAAAAUGAUUACGUCAACUUCAUGCGUCGCUGUUGGGCAGCAGACAGUGCCGCUCGACCUUCGUUUCAAGAAGUGGUGUUCCGGAUAGAUGAUAUGAUUGAGGGUGACGCUCUUGUCAGUGAAGAGAGACAAUACAGCGGCGUAGCCAGGUGUACCGUUUGGAGGUUGCACACAGAAUCUGAGACUGAUGAGACACAGAAGUAUCCGUUGAUUCAAUGAAAACAAUGACUGCGAACAUUAAUUACGUGCUGAUAUCUAUCUUAUCUGUAUACUAAUAAAAUUGACGGUGUUUGUAUGUGUAUAUAUA